CUUCUGUUUAUAUUUACUACUUGCGGAUAGAACUUCACACAACCGGCGUUAUUCAUUCCGUAAAUUUUAACUCAAAAAGUAGUUUAAAUUAUUGCAAUAUCUACGCAUUGUGUACAAUAGGAAGUUUGCAAGAUGUUCGAAGAUCCUCAAAGCUCGGACGAAGAAAGCCCCGUCCCGGAUUCCGAUUCCUGCAAACCAAAGGAAUUGAACCGAUUAUUCGAGCACCGCAUCGAAGCUAGUUCGGAACUUGCAGCCUCCCUCAAGCGGACGUGCGGUCUCCACCUGGCGCUUUCCAACGAUGGUCGCAAACUGGCAGUGGGCUUGUCUCGAAAGGAACUUCAGUUAUAUGACCUGGGAACCGAUGGGAACCUGGUGUUGAGCGAAGGUAGUUUUACCAAGUACGGAAGCACUAUCAGGGGAGUGCGAUUCUUUGAGGGCGAUCCCAAUGCGCUGAUGGUUUGCACCGAAGAAGGGGACGUAAGCUGGUACGAUUUGCGUUCCGGAUGCAAACCGGUUCAUGUCUUCGAGGACACCUCGGAAGGUCCGAAGAAAACCAUGACCGCAUUCGACAUCAAUCGGAACGAUCGAGUUUUGUGCGCUUCGACGGAGGUUCAGAAGGGUGGCGACAGUUUCCUGCUGUUCUUCGACAUCCGGGAACGAUCGUUCCUGGGAAGCUACUGGGAAUGCCACAGCGAAGACAUCACCAACGUACGAUUCCAUCCGACCAAUCCGGACCUGCUGAGCAGCGGAAGUGUCGAUGGUCUGAUCAAUGUGUUCGACAUCUCCCAGCCCACCGAAGACGAUGCCAUGCAAACCUGUUUCAACGUGGAAGAUGCCAUCGAAUCCAUCAAUUGGCACACGAGUCCUACCGACCAGGACUGGAUUUCUUGCAUUACGACCACCAACAACUUCCACCUGUAUGACGUCGAAAGCCAGGACAUGGUUGUGGAGUUCGAUAGGCAAAGGAUAACGGACGCGAUGAAGAGGAGCUCGUCGAUAGACUGCAAUGUGGUCAAUACGCACAACGAUGGCAGCGGGGGAUUCUUCCUGCUGGCAGGAUCGAAUUAUAACAAAGGAGAAUGCCUGCGCUCGCUCAAGUAUGACAACAAGCACCUACUCCCGCAUAGGAAUUUCCUGCACAACAGGCAAAUCAUUCGAGCCAGCGUGUACAACGAAAAGGAACACUGUCUAAUCACCACCGGCGAAAGUGGCCUCAUCGCGGUGUGGCGCUGCGAGACUUCGACGGAUCAGCCACCAUCAUCGGAACACGACGUCAGCGCGAGCAAAAACUUGAAACAGAAGCUUCACAUUAGUCAUCGUUCGAAACCUUACUGAGCUAUAUCUGUAAUGCGCUGAUUGAACCCGCAUAUUUCCAAACCCAUAAGUGCACUUCUCGUAUCUAUCGCUGUUCCGAGUAUGUAAUGACGAUACUUGGACCGUUCAAGUAUGUUUGAAUUGUGUCGGAAAGUAUAUCGAGUUGAUUUCCAAAUUCUA